GUCCUUCAUUUUUACCGUUUGAGCGGGUUUCGAUCCUUCCCGAGGCUUCUCGAGAGAUGUCGAUAUGUUAUUUGACCUUCGCGGCGUUCUCCACAUACCUCCUAUCCAGUCUUUGGCGCAAGGAAACGCACUCCAUCUUCGCGUAGCGAUCUACGGCCUGCUCAUCCGGCAUGGCUGCGCUCGACCUCGGCCUCGCUAAACGCAGAGUGCCAACGUCAGCGCCCACCGCAUGAAGAACAAGGGUUAAACUUUUACGUUCUACUCCGCAAGGAUCGGGUGUCAGCACGCUUCCAACCUUCUGCACCAUGGUCAACCUCCUCGCGCUCGGCCUCGCCACCCUGUUCCCCGCGCUUGUUUCGUGCACACGGGAACCCGUCCAGAUCUCGUCUUUGGCACAGGACGCGCCGAGCGUUGCGCGCUUCACAUCGGAGUCGAGCGGCCUCGACGCGCCGAUGGUGUCUUCGAUCAACGGAUCCAGCUUCGACUGGUGGUACUUCGAUGUCGUCUCGACCGAAGACGCGCAGCCCAACUCAUCCGUCGUCGUCACGUUCUUCACGAGCUCGCAGGCGGCUUUCCCGCUGCUUGGGCCAGCGCCAAACGGGAAUGUGCUGCCGGUGUACCUUUGGGUGAACUACCCGGACGGCACCGAGCAGACAAUCAUCACCUAUGCAACGGGUGCUGCGGUCAGCGCAGAGGGGGAUCACGCGAACGGCGUCUGGGAGGGCACGGGCUUCAGUUUCACGGGGAUCGGCAAGGGCGGCAAAUAUGUCGUCGAGAUCGAUGCACCAGAGCUCGGUGUCAAGGGGUCCAUCUCAUUCCAGCCAAGAGCACCGGCGCAUUACCCCUGCGGCCCGGUCAAAGCUGGCCAGAAUCUGCAAGUUGGCCCGCACAUCGGCUGGUCCAAUGCGAUCCCGGAUGCCAAGUCGAAAGUUCAUCUCGUUAACUGGAGCGACCAGCCGUUUACGACUGAAGUUGCCUCUUGGUACUGGGGCCACGGGCAAGUCGGCGACUACUCUAUCGUCUGGUUCGACUUUCUCGACACUUCCGGCGCGGAAUUUGUCAGUGCCUACGCUUCGAGACUCGGGAAAGUCGUUUCCGAAAGCUGCGUGCUCGGGAGCAUCUCGGUACGCCCUUCCGGCGCCAAUGCAACUUAUCCUCCGACGAUCUCAACACCCAAUCCCACUGGCUAUGCCAUCACGCUCCCCAUCAAGGGCGGGGACGUCCUGAAGGUGGAUGUGUCGGUCACGCAGCAACUCAUCGGUGCCAACCCAUUGUACAUGCGCUCCGUAGGAACGAUGUCGGGUGUGGUGCACACCAAGCACGGAAAGAAGAAGGGGGGGAAUAUGUCUGGAAUUGCUCUUUUCGAGCAGUUCAAACUGACGCAAUAGUCGGCGGGACGCGAGUCACCCGAAUUGACUGAAUCUGUCACCUGCUCUGUGAAACGAAUCUGUGAUAUAUCAUCGUACUGUAAACAUCCCCAUUGCAAUUAAUGUACUCCUCUAUACCAUACUUACUCUUGAUAUCGUGUGCCUUCGUGUGAUCCUCCUAACAUUUUCUGUUCUG